CCGUUCGUUGUCGUCUUGAUCAUUUGAAUAAAAGACGAACACCAUCCUCUACUGUAUUCGAUAGCCGAAAAUAACUCACAAUUCGUGAUGAAUGCAAUCAAGAAGAGGUUGCAAACUUUGAAGGUAGAGAAAGACUUAGCAAUGGACAAAGCUGACACGUGUGAACAAAAAGUAAAAGAAGCGAAUCGUAGAGAGGAAAAACUUCGCGAUGAAGUACGGGAUCUGGCUAAAAAACUUCUUCAGAUGGAGCACGAUUACGAGAUCAGCACGGCGCAGCUGGCAAAGUCUAACGCAGACCUUGAGGAAACGGAGAAGGCAUUUAUCUUGACUCAAUCGGAAUUAGCAAUCCUUAAUCGAAAAAUGCAGCAAUGUAUGAUGGACCUGGAAAAGACGGAAGAACGAAGACUGAUAGCUCAGGUAAAAUUGACGCAGGCGUCUGAAACAGCGGAUGAUGCCAAAAGAAUCUGCAAGGUACUGGAAAACAGAAACAAGCUAGACGAAGAACGUAUGGAUCAUUUGACAACUCAACUUAAAGAAGCUAGAUUGAUUGCAGAGGAUGCCGAUGCCAAAUCAGAUGAUAUUUCAAAAAAGUUAGCCCUGGUCGAAGAUGAAUUGGAAGCUGCGGAGCACAGGGUUAAAUCAAGCGAAGCAAAGAUAGCGGAGCGGGAAGACGAACUUUUCAUCGUGGGGAAUAUUUUGAAGUCGUUGGAGGUUUCCGAAGAAAAGGCGAAUCAACGGGUGGAAGAAUUUAAGAGUCAGCUAAAGACUUUGAAGGUGAAAUUAAAGGAAGCUGAGAAACGAGCUAUAGCAGCAGAAAAAACUGUCAGAGCUUUCUUGAUGGAAAUGGAUAUACGUGAAGACAAUUUGCACAAGGAAAAGGAUAAAUACAAGUACAUCUGCGACGACAUGGACUCGACCUUUGCUGAGCUCACUGGAUUCUAAAAUGUUCCACUAUAAUUGGAUGUUUAAUUUAUGUGUGGUGUGUGUGUGUU